CACACACCGCGGGGCGCUCAGAGCUGGUGGCUCCGCUGCUCCUGCGGUUCCUAAACCCGAGUGGCGCCUGCGGGGAGCGCAGCGUCGGGCACCUCUUGGCCCGGGACAUUGGCGGCCCGUCUGGACCCCGGCCCCCAGAGACCCGGGCGGAAGACGGCGGGGACCCCGCCCGGUCCCUCCCGCGGGCAGGCGGGGCGGCCCCACAUCGGACUCCUCCCCCCGCAGCCCGGCAGGGAUCCGUCGCCGCGCGCGGUUCCGCAGGUGGCAGCUAUGGCCCAGUCCUGAGCGCCCCGCCAUGGCCGGCGCCCCCAGCCUGCUGCGCCUGGCGCUCCUGCUGCUCGGGGCGGUGGGCAAGGCCGGCCCCCGCCCCCAGGGCGCCACGGUGUCCCUCUCAGAGACAGUGCAGAAAUGGCGAGAAUAUCGGCGCCAGUGCCAGCGCUUCCUCACGGAAGCACCACCUCUGGCCACAGGCCUCUUCUGCAACCGAACCUUUGAUGACUACGCCUGCUGGCCAGAUGGGCCCCCAGGUUCCUUCGUGAAUGUCAGCUGCCCCUGGUACCUGCCCUGGGCCAGCAGUGUGCUGCAGGGCCAUGUGUACCGGUUCUGCACGGCCGAGGGUCUCUGGCUGCAGAAGGACAACUCCAGCCUGCCCUGGAGGGACCUGUCGGAGUGUGAAGAGUCCAAGCGAGGGGAGAGAAACUCCCCUGAGGAACAGCUCCUGUCUCUGUACAUUAUCUACACCGUGGGCUACGCACUUUCCUUCUCUGCCUUGGUCAUUGCCUCAGCCAUCCUUGUUGGCUUCAGACACUUGCACUGCACCCGGAACUACAUCCACCUGAACCUGUUUGCAUCCUUCAUCCUCCGAGCCCUGUCCGUCUUCAUCAAGGAUGCUGCCCUCAAAUGGAUGUAUAGCACGGCUGCCCAACAGCACCAGUGGGAUGGACUCCUCUCGUAUCAGGACUCUCUGAGCUGCCGACUGGUGUUCCUGCUCAUGCAGUACUGCGUGGCGGUCAACUACUACUGGCUGCUGGUGGAGGGUGUGUACCUGUACACGCUGCUGGCCUUCUCAGUGUUCUCGGAGCAGCGCAUCUUCAAGCUGUACCUAAGCAUCGGCUGGGGUGUUCCUCUGCUGUUCGUUAUUCCCUGGGGCAUUGUCAAAUACCUCUAUGAGGAUGAGGGCUGCUGGACCAGGAACUCCAACAUGAACUACUGGCUCAUCAUUCGACUGCCCAUUCUCUUUGCUAUUGGGGUCAACUUUCUCAUCUUCAUCCGGGUCAUCUGUAUUGUGGUAUCCAAACUGAAGGCUAAUCUCAUGUGCAAGACUGACAUCAAAUGCAGACUUGCCAAGUCCACUCUGACGCUCAUCCCCCUCCUGGGGACGCAUGAGGUCAUCUUUGCCUUUGUGAUGGACGAACAUGCCCGAGGGACCCUCCGCUUCAUAAAGCUGUUCACAGAGCUCUCCUUCACUUCCUUCCAGGGCCUGAUGGUGGCCAUCUUGUACUGCUUUGUCAACAAUGAGGUCCAGAUGGAGUUUCGGAAGAGCUGGGAGCGCUGGAGGCUGGAGCACUUGAACAUCCAGAGGGACAGCAGCAUGAAGCCCCUCAAGUGUCCCACGAGCAGUGUAAGCAGUGGGGCCACCGUGGGCAGCAGCGUGUACGCAGCCACCUGUCAGGCUUCCUGCAGCUGAGCCCCAGCGCCGCCCCCCUCCUGUGGUCCUUGCUGCUGGCUAGGUGGCCAUCCCAGGUGGGACAGACCCUCCCAGGGACAGGGACGGGGAGGGACGUAGGCACACCCACACCCUUUGCUUUCCUUCUCCGAACCUAUCAGACGGGCAAGUGGGCAGUGCCUCCCGGGACCGUAGACACAUGUUCUCCAAGGAGAACAGCCUGCUAAUUUAAUCACCGUGGCAGGAAGAGAGGAAGAAAUGAUUGCUGCUAAAAUGAGGAGGGCUCCUUCCUGUUAGAGCCACAGGACCCUUGGGGUUCCCUCGGACAGAACAGCAAAUCAACCCCGGACUCCUACUCAAGGGCAACUGCUGUUUUAGUGGGAUUGGGGCUUGUGAGAGGGGGGCAGUUCCGCAAGAGACCCGCCGCCGUUCUGACCUCAGCCAGCGCAGAGCUUGGCAAGGUGAGUGGCUGUGCUCUGUGCCUGCCUGGGGUUGCUGCCUGCGUCAUCCUCCUCAUGAAAGAAGAGCGGCCUUCUCUGUGCGUCUGGGCUGCUGGCACUCCCUCGUCUGCCCCGUUCAUCUCACCAUCCUGUCUUUCCUUGUGGGGAGGGGGAGGGGUUGUUGGAGCUACAACCCUCAGCUCUUUCUGGAAGUGGCUGCGUGUGGUGCUGGGGAUAAGUACCAAGGGGAUGCUCAGAGGUCACCGUUGCUGCUGGUGCC